AUGACGGCUGUAAAAAUGCCCAUCAUCUCACUCCCCUGGUUAAAACCCUCCGGCGGCUCCCCACCAGCCCACGAGGACAAAUCAAGCCCCCUGCGCCUUCUUCUACCCGGACAUGCCAGCUCCCGAGCAGGGCUCGGUGCUCGGGGCUGCUCCCUCUGCCGCUCUGUCCCGGUGCCGGGGCGCUGGGCGCGGGCGGCGCCGGGGGCCGGAGCGACUUCGCGGGCGCAGGUCUCGCUCAUCAGCACGUCGUUCGUGCUCAAGGGGGACGCGACACACAACCAGGCGAUGGUGCACUGGACGGGCGAGAACAGCAGCGUGAUCUUGAUCCUGACGAAGUAUUACCAUGCAGACAUGGGGAAGGUUCUGGAAAGUUCUCUGUGGCGGUCGUCGGAUUUCGGGACAUCCUACACCAAGCUCACUCUCCAGCCCGGCGUCACCACCAUUGUCGACAACUUCUACAUCUGCCCAGCCAACAAGAGAAAGAUCAUCCUGGUGAGCUCUUCACUCAGCGAGCGGGACCAGAGCCUCUUCCUCAGCACGGACGAAGGUGCCACCUUUCAGAAGCAGCCCAUCCCCUUCUUUGUGGAAUCUCUGAUUUUCCACCCCAAGGAGGAGGACAAGGUCCUGGCCUACACCAAGGAGAGCAAGCUCUAUGUGUCAUCUGACCUGGGGAAGAAGUGGACGCUUCUGCAGGAGCGAGUGACCAAAGACCAGGUGUUCUGGGCUGUGUCCGGGGUGGAUGCUGAACCAGACUUGGUCCACGUGGAAGCCCAGGACCUCAGUGGAG